GUUUCUCGUCCGCUUUGAGACCGAGGUCAGGUGUGGGAGGGUGCAAGGGUUGGCAACACGCUCGAGAUUGACACAUUAUACAUUAAAGUAUGCCGAAAUUAUUUCGAGAUCUACUAGUCUUGGCAUUGAUAAUGACGACGUCAUGCAUCGACACAACAGAAGAAAAUAUCACAAUCUCAACGAUGGAGAUAUCUACAACAUCGACGAGUACAUCUACGAGGAUGGUCACCAAGGAAAAUGCAUUAUCGCCAUCGACUGUGACAAUGCAAAACGAUGACAUUCUGAAAAAUCUCUCUCAUGCAUUACCGUUGUUAACAUCACCGUCGCCGUCGCCGUCACCGUCGCCGUCACCGUCGCCGUCGCCGUCGCCGUCGCCGUCACCGUCGCCGUCGCCGUCGCCGUCACCGUCGCCGUCGCCGUCGCCGUCACCGUCACCGUCGCCGUCGCCGUCGCCGUUGUCAUCAGCGUUGCCUUCUCAUGACACUGGGUGGGAAUGUCCAAAUAUCACAAAAGCGGGCGUGGAGUGUUCUUGCGAUUUUCCACAUACGCUCAGAUGUACCGGCGAUAGAACGGCACUGCAGACUAUCAGCGAGCAUUUAAAACAUAGUCAACCGGAUAAAAUAUCAUUGCUGGAUGUAACUGUGACGGGAAUUUCCGUGUUGCCGGCAAAUUUUCUUGAAGACGUCGCUCUUCACGGAUUAGUUGUUUCCACCGGCGAGUUAAGACACGUUGACAAGAAUGCAUUUAUCGCCCUGACGCGACCGCUGCAAGCGCUAGGAUUGCCCAGCAAUCUUUUAGAUUCUGUUCCCACGAUUGCACUGUCAUCUCUAGUCGGUCUGGACCGAUUGGACCUAUCUCAUAACAAAUUAAAAACAUUAGAAGCGGAUUCGUUCAAGGGACUGUCAAGCCUGACUUAUCUAGAUUUGUGCAACAAUUUGCUGUCACAAUUAUCACCGCAAGUUUUCCAGACAUUGCCGAUAUUACGUUCGCUAAGAAUGCGUGGAAAUCGCCUGAGCGUUUCCGCCUUGUCUGCAUUGAGAGGUUUGAAGUACUUGGAAGAAUUAGAUCUGUCCAACAAUCUACUGCUGGGUCCGAUGGGUCCGAAUCUAUUACCACAAAUGCCCAAACUACAUUUUCUUACAGUCUCAGAAAAUGGUUUUGUCAACGUUCAACAGGGAGCUCUCAUGGGUCUCAGAAAUCUCACUUAUCUAAGUUUGAGUCACAAUCAAAUUGACGUGCUCGAAGAUCAUUCAUUCAAGUAUCUGCCGACUUUGACGCAACUAGAUCUGGCGAACAACCGCAUCGUCACUGUAUCCAGCGCUUCCUUGGCUCAUUUAGAAAAAUUAAUGACUUUAGAUCUAACGCAUAAUUUUCUGCGAGCAUUGACAGCCGAUCUUGUGGUGCCAUUGAAAAAUUUGCAGGACUUACGGUUGGAUGACAAUGACAUCACAAUUGUUGCAAACGAUGUGCUAACGUCAAAGCUACGCCUCAAGAGACUUUCCCUUGCCGACAAUCCGUUAAAUUGCGAUUGCACCUUGCUAGAGUUUGCUAAUUGGCUGGCAAAUUCCAGUCUGACGGAAGAGGACAAGUCGUCGGCAGUGUGCGCAACACCGCCUGCCCUGGAGAACGGUAUCUUGACGCAAGUACCGCCAGGUAGUCUGCUUUGCGGCGAGCCCACUCCGCCCAUGAUGACGCGGGUACGUCUCAAAGAGUUCCACUACGACGAGUCCGGUAUUAAUUUAUCGUGGCACGUGGAACAGUGCGCUGAACAUUACACUUGUGAUUCGCUUAUCGUCUAUGAAACAGUCGGUGAUAGUGAGAUUCAAACUGAGUCCAGCCCGUUACACUGUGACUCCCGAAUGAUGCGAGAUCCCUGUGUCUUGCCGGUCACCAUCCCAGCCUCCCUGCAUCUGCAAUUGGGUCACAAGUACCGUUAUUGCGUAGUUUUAUUGAUACCCACUGUCUACGACGACGUGUCCCUUGGUCUCGGUUGUAGCGACGUCAUCGUUUUAGAAAAGACGCAGCCGAAGCGAACAGUAGAUGAUCAGAACGCGAGAGAAGAGGAUACUCCUACUUCUUCCACGUCCACGCGGACGUCCACAUCUCUUGAUCUGCACUCUUACUCACGGAUCACCGAUGUUCAUGUAAACGUAUCUGAUAAGGGCUACUUGCACAUCGACGUACAUCUCUCUAGAACAAGGAAUAUGACUUCGUCAUCGAUCUGCCAGUUGUCCAUCGUCGUAUUCGACGAGAUCUCCGCGAUGCAUCGACAGAUGCUCAAUUGUAGCGACGCAUCGGUCAUCGACGUACAAGUAUCGUUGCCGGGUCAUUACAAGGUCUGCGCCAGUUUGGACCAACUUACCAACGUUAUCGUUAUGUCUAGCAAUUUAAUGGAUGAUCGCGAGAGAUUUCGUUGCGUCGAAUUAAUCGAGCAGGGUUACAGUAGGCAAAACAUCGAGGUCUUGGUCAUUAUGGCUGUGAUCGCUGCAACUGGAGCUCUCCUCGUUAUCCUUGCCGUUCUCGGUAGAAAUCUCGCGAGACGCCUGCGACAUCCGAGGAUACAAGCACAAUGCUUUCUGCCGGCCCAGGAAUUUGAAAUAACCCACAAAGCUCAUUAUAUCAAACUCCUAGCAACGACGAAAGUUUAACGAGAACAGUUGAUCAGAAAAUUCAAUAUUGUUCUUUGAUUUAAGAUUCAAAAUUUAAAGAUUUACAACAGGAGAUGUAAAAGUAAUAAAAUUCUCAUUCGUUUUCUUUUUCUCUCCAAAUAUUAAAAUAGGAAUAUUUACUUUUAUUCUAUAUUUUAUAACUGUGUUAUAUUUUCAGACAAGAAUAUAUAGCAACUAGUAUAUAUA